CAGAUAUAAUGAAUGCAGGGUCCGGGGAGAGACCAGAUAUAGUGAAUGCAGGGUCCGGGGAGACCGGAUAUAGUGAAUGCAGGGCCGGGGAGACUGGAUAUAGUGAAUGCAGGGUCCGGGGAGACAGGAUAUAGUGAAUGCAGGGUCCGGGGAGACCGGAUAUAGUGAAUGCAGGGUCCAGGGAGACCGGAUAUAGUGAAUGUCGGGGUCCUGGGAGACCGGAUAUAGUGAAUGCAAGGUCCGGGGAGAGCGGAUAUAGUGAAUGCAGGGUCCGGGGAGAGCAGAUAUAGUGAAUGCAGAGUCCGGGGAGACCAGAUAUAGUGAAUGCAGGGUCCGGGGAGA